UAUAUAUAUAUAUAUAUAUGCACACACACAUAUAUUUAAUUUUUAUUAUAAGGAAUUGGUUUACAUGAUUAUGGAGGGUGAGAAACCCCAACGUCAACAGUCAACGAGCUGUAGAGACUCGGGAGAGCUGAUAGUGUAAAUUCCAGUCUGAGUCCAAGUCUGAAAGCAGGAGAGGACCAGGGUCCCAGCUCAGAGGCCAUCGGGCAGGAGGAAUUCCUUCCUACUCAGUAGUGAGUCAGCCUUAUUGUUCUAUUCAGGCCUUCAGAAGGAUGAGACCUGUCCACACUGGGGAGGACAAUCUGCUUUACUCUACCAAUUAAAAUGUUAAUCUCAUCCAGAAACACCCUUAUAGAGACACCCAGAGUAAUGUGUGACCAGAUAUCUGGGCACCCGUGGACCAGUCAAAUUCACACACAAUUGACCAUCACAAGGGUAGACUAUCUUAAAUGAGACAGGAUAGUGGGUGUUUGUGUGUGCUGACUGUAGAACCCAGGAGUGAGUCCUGCUCCAUCACUUGUAGACUGGGAUCCUGGAAGUUAGUGAACUUGUCCAUGUCUCAGUUUAUUUAUCAUGACUGUCUGGUUAACAAGAACCCCGUCUCCUGGGGGUGGGUGUGAAAACUGCUUGAAUUAAUACUGAGAACCAUUGGAUUUUAAGUAUUUCACAUAGCUAUUAUUAUUAAAUUAACAUCAAAACAGUCACAUGAAUAUUUUUACACACUUUUCACACAGGAUAUGGUACGAGUGGCUCUAGAUUUGAGCUUCCUGUUUAUAGCUGAGCCUCUGAUCUGCCUCCCCGAGGCUUCACUCCAGUCGCUUGAUUCUGUGGGGAGUCACAGAUUUCCAGACACGUCUCUGGUUCUUUUACAAACAGCUCACCUUGUCCAUUACGGAUGGGUUUUAUGUGCUUAACUCUUGUAGGAUGAUUCUUUUUCUUUAGUUCUUGGGAGUUAUCUCAUUUUUCCUAUGUGUAAAGACAAUACCGUAGAAGCAGCAUAAACCAGAUGUCAUAGAAAUUCACGAGAGGAAAUGUCGUUGCUGGCUAGCAUGACCAGGGUGACCUGUCUGUGGAUGCCUAGGAGCUUAGUGAUCUGACCUGGAACUGGCUGUCAGAGGAAUGCCCAAAGGAUAUUUUAAUGAAGCUCUUUUAGACAGAGGACUCUUAAGAAAGUUUAGUCUGGAGUUGCAUAGCAAUGAAGACUCUUUUUGAAGUUAGUGAUCCUUUUUAUAUGAAGUCAUACUCUUAGUUCUGUAGGAUGUAACUCUUUCCCAAGGUGCAUGUUUCUUGGCCCACAAGCGUCUGUUGCUGUCUACCAUGAAAAGGAUGCUAAGUGCUAGUUUCUGCUGCUAAGUUCUUCAGUUAAAAAAUGAAAAACCUCUUUUUUAAGACUUUCUAAAAACUCACCUUCUCUAAAAUCUUGCGGCCUGGUUCUUAAACUUUAUAGAAGAACCUAGGUCUUUGAGGCUGACAUACAUUAGAUAUGAAAAAAUAUGAGAUACAAGUGUUGCUGUAAACAAACUAACAAGUUAAAACUUUAAAACACUACCAAUUUAUUCUGGUUAAAUCAUUUUAAAUCAAUUUAAAAUUAAUUAACUAUGGAUUUUAAAAAGAAGAAGGAAAGGUAAGGCACAAAAUUCAGUCUUUCAAGUCUGGGGUGUACCACUUCCUAAAUUUUAUCAGCCUCCCUCAGUAUCACUUUAUUUCCUCCUGAAAUCUGGAUACAAUAUAUACUUCACAAGGUGUAUGGAGAAGUUCUGAGGAAUAAAAAGUACAGUAUAUAAAUGACUUGCCUAAUAGUAGGAAACACAGUAAGUACUUUUAAAAGUGUUUCAUUUAUCUAUUUAUUUGUAAAAACCUUUAUGUGGUAGUUAUAAGCUAUAAGAUUAUACUAUAUUUGUAAACAUUUUACAGAAAAUUACUGUAGCUUUGAAUAAUUUACUCUCUAAGUUAAAGUCAAGAGAUACUGCAAUUCAGUUUUAUGUCAGUAAUCUGAAGGGAGUAUGUAAUCUAGACUUGGUGAUUAUGUUACAAAAUUAAAAUGAGGAAACUGAGUGAGAAAAUUUCUCAGGUUCUUCAAGUCUUUAAAAUUCAGAGCGUGAUUCACAGACCUGGGUUGUAUUAACAGUUUCAAACAUUUGACCUUAAUACAGCUUUGUCUGCGGUUUUAGGAAUGACCACUAGAGGGCAGGAGGCCCAAACUGAAGUCUGCAUGCAGCUCACCACCACUGAAGAAUGUUAUUGGAAGAAAUAUUCUCAACCAAAAGAUGAGCGGUGGCACCAGUGCUCAAGGUCACUCAGCUCUGAGUGACCAAGCCUAGCCCAAAUGAAGCUCUGAGAAGUCACGAAAUAAGCUUGCCAUCACAGGGUUGUGAUGUGGCCCCAGGUCAAUCUGACUUCAAAGGCUGUGCUGUGCACAGGAGCCCAGGAAGUGGCUUCUGAGCCCAUCUUUGGAGGUCCUCAGUUUUGCCAUCUUUAAAAUGGGCAUGUGAGGAAAUCCAUUCCUAGCUUCCUCCAUGAAGUUCGUCUUGAUCCUACUAGACAGACAAAGAGCUCCCUGUGAUGUCUUCCCACUGGUAACCCAGAGAAGUGGCAUUUGAGUUCACCGAGGGACCUGGGAAAUGUCUUCCAGGAGACUGGGUCUGCAGCUGGAUCCAGCUCUCGACAUUGUACGGGGAGCUGGUGCUGGAGCCAGUGCCACUCUGGAGAUGGCACUGGAGCUGCAAGAGGAGAAAAGAUCAACAUGACUGCCUUCCCAUGUGCCUUUCCAAAGACAGAACACCUCCCAGUGCCUUCUAGAGAAGCUGCAGCCCAGGACCCCACAAGAGGAAGUCUUCCCAGACUGCAGGCCACCUGAUGGGUGGUCUGAGGCCAGUGUUUGCUUCUGGCCCUACACCAGCCCCUGGGGGCUCGUCCUUCAGUGGUCCAGUAGGGAUCCCUCCUCAUAUGCUCACAUGCACCCGUCCCUGGCCUCCUCACCCUUGGGCUCUGCCUCACUGGGCUCCUGGUCAUCCAGCUGGGUCAGGAGAAGGUGGGCACGGUGCUCCAGGUUCAAGCCAGGCAUGGUGAGCUGCACAUAAGCCACAAACUGCUUUAGGGCAGUCAAAUCCACAGGCUGACAAAAAUCCUCUGGAUGCUGGUCCAGCCAGGUGCCCAGAAGGAGCGGACCGUGUUGGAGGUAGGCAGCUCCUGGGUUCCCACUGCAAAGAAUCAAGAGAGGGCUCUGAUCAACGAUCAGCUGACUGAAAAGAACUGAGGACUGUGGGUCCACAGUAACUCGUCAAUGAGCUCAAAAGCGCAUCCUGCCCCCGUGGAGGCUCAGAUGCUGUGCUCCCCGGGCGUCCUGCUGGGAGACCCGGUGCCCGCCCUGGUCCUGCCUGGGUAGCAACGCCUGGCGCGUGCGCACAUCCACUCCCCGACCUCCGACCUUCCUCCUCCAAGGAUGUGGGUGGGCCCACCGGCUACAGUUAACCGGCGCAUGGGCGCCCCCAUCCAAUCCGGGCGUCAGCUGUGGGGGCGUCCCUCUGGAGCCGUGGGGCUGCCGCAGACGUCCUGAAGCAUGGAGACGGUAGAGAAGAUCCCUAUCCUGGGAUUGGGCACCUGGAAGAGAACACCUACUUCGUUUGUUGGAUGUAUUCCUGGGUGCUUGAUGGUCUGUUAUGCUAUUGGAAGUGACACUUCUCUGAAAUUAUGUUUUCAACUUGUUUGCUGUUGGUGCAUAGAAAAACAGUCGUCUUUGGAGGCUCCGGGGGACGUGACGAAUGCCGUGAAGGUGGCCAUUGACGCCGGCUACCGACACUUCGACUGCGCCUCCUUCUACCACAACGAGACUGAGAUUGGAGUGGGGAUCCAGCUCAAGGUCAAGGAGGGCGUGGUAAAGCGGGAGGACCUGUUCAUUGUCAGUAAGCUCUGGUGCACCUGCCAUGAGAAGUCCCUGGUGGAAGCAGCAUGCACCCGGAGUCUCAGGGCCUUGAAGCUGAGCUACUUGGACCUCUACCUCAUGCACUGGCCCAUGGGUUUCCAGUCUGGGAGAAACGAGUUGCCCUUGGACCAAGAAGGCAUGGUUAUACCCAGCGACACGGACUUCCUGGACACGUGGGAGGCCAUGGAGGAGCUGGUGGAUGCAGGGCUGGUGAGAGCCAUUGGGGUGUCCAACUUCAACCACGAGCAGCUUGAGAGGCUGUUGAACAAACCCAACCUGAGGUUCAAGCCGGUGACCAACCAGAUCGAGUGCCACCCGUAUCUUACGCAGAAGAAUCUCAUCAGUUUUUGCCAAUCCAGAGGUGUGUCCGUGACUGCUUACCUGCCCCUCGGUGGCUCCAGUGAGGGGGUGCACCUGCUGGAGGACCCUGUGAUUCAGAGGAUCGCAGAGAAGCACAGCAAGUCUUCAGCUCAGGUGUUUGACUUCGAAUUAUCAGAAGAGGAUAUGAAUGACAUGUUAGGCCUGGACAGGAAUCUCCGACUGGCGACGUUCCCCAUAGCUGGAAAUCACAAGGACUAUCCCUUCAACAUCGAGUACUGAGGGUGGCCUCCCUUGUCCUCCUCCUGCUCGUCCCAGGCCAACCCGCCCGUGUCCCAACCCCGUGUCCGUCCACCUUGGCACAGGGCCUGUGUCCCCGAGGCAGAGAAAGCCUUGGCCAGGGACGAGAGGGGCAGAGGUUGAUCCAGGUGGAUUCCCGGCUGGAAGAGAAGCCGAGUCCCCUGAGAAAUCCAAAGACUGGAGUGUGGUCUGUGACUGAGGGAGGACGUGUCCCUUGCGAGAGAAGUGACCCCUCUCCGUGGAGGACCCACACAAGCGUUAGGAAUCCUUUGAGCACGCAGUAUCAUGGGACUUUUACAAGAUGUACUGUGUGGCCUGA